AGCUGCAUCUUUUUCUACUCUGUUACCAGUACUCUUAUUUUAAAGUUUCUACAUUUAUUUAUAUAUGGGUAGCAGACAAUAUAUUUCAACAAAGUAUUUGUAACAAAAACAACAACAACAAAAAAAACCCUAAAAUCUGCUGUGGUAAUCAUAUGAAAAUACUCCUAGCAUAGGAAACCCCAAACUUUAGUUAAGUCAGCAAAACCCCCAGAAAACCUCCAGAUGCAACAAAUUCGUUCUAUAUUAGAUUUCUUUUUUUUUUUUUAUGUUCUGACGGGAAGAAAGUGCCUUUACUUCCUUUUUUUGCAGCUUUAAAAAGCCAGACUCGACUUCAUUCAUUCACACAUUGUUCCCACAUCCUGACCUUUGCUGAAAGCUAAAAAAAACCUCUCAAGAUGAACAAAGCUGUGAUCCUCCUGGUUGCUCUGACUCUCUACUGCUGCAUCCCCGAGCUGCAUGCUUCAAAGUUGGGAUGCCGCUGCAUAAAAACGACCUCUCUACGCGUCGCUGUAAGAACCGUGGCCAAGGUGGAAGUGACGCCUCCAUCAGGACGGUGCCGCCGUGCAGAAAGAGUCGUCAUCAGGAAAAACGGCUCCAAGGUUUGCAUCAGUUCAGACGCCAGUUGGUUCCCAGAAUUACUCAGCAAACUCAACCAGGAUUAUGAAAACGUCACCUCAUCCACUGUGUCUCCUGCAACCUUCUGAUGAUCAACAUGAACAGGAAAUGCUUCAUCUAACAAAACCUGGACAUAAUUUUAAAAAGCUGAGCCAAUGUUAAGCGUAAAAGCCUGUUUUACUUUUAAUACUGUUUUCAUUACAUGUUAUUUUAUACAGAUUAUUCUUCAACUCCAUGAUUAUGUAAUUUGUUUUAAUUAAAGAAAUAAAGAACAGA